GGGCCAAAUAUAAAAGCUCCCAUUCCUUUCCAAUACAUAACACGUUGGAUCUCCCUGGUGCAGAGAGCGUGGUGGGCGAGCUAGCCCCCCUCCCCAUCAAUUCAAACUAAAAUGUCUAUGCUAGCUUCCCCCUUCCAGCUCCUGGAACUGAACAUCAUAUCCGCCCAAGACCUCGCACCCGUCUCCAAAUCCAUCAAAGCCUACGCAGUGGCAUGGCUUAACCCGGAGCGCAAGCUAACCACCCAAAUAGACCCCAACGGCCAAAACAACCCUACCUGGAACGAGAAAUUCGUCUUCCGCGUCGACGACGACUUCCUCACCUCCGACGAAUCCCUCAUCAUCAUUGAAAUCUACGCCUCCGCCUGGCUUCGUGACAUCCUCAUCGGCACCGUCACCGUCCUCGCCUCCAACCUCCUCCCCCGCUCCAUCAAUACCCGCAAAUCAAAGAUCCGCUUCGUCGCCUUGCAGGUUCGUCGCCCCUCCGGUCGCCCCCAAGGAAUCCUCAACAUCGGAGUCAACCUCGUUGACUCCACCAUGAGAAGCAUGCCCAUGUAUUCCGAACUCAGCGCCUCCGCUGUUGGCUAUUGGGACGUAAUGGACCCCAAGAAACCGAAACUGCAGCAAAAUGAAACUAAUAAUAAUGAUUCCAGUUGCAAGCUCUUGACGCUGCAACGCUCUCAGAGCGAGAAGAAUGACUCAACCAUCAAUGAUUAUGCGUAUAACUGUUCGAAAGAAAACGGUUACGACGAAGGCGGGGAUGAUUGCCAGGGUUCGGAGGUUGGGAUGCCGAUGGCAAAAAAAGGAGUGAUUAUGAACAUGAACGGGUCGCUCUGCUCGGACGUGGGGCCCUCGCCGUCGGUGGUGGCGGCGGCUAUAGCGAAGGGGUUGUAUCCGCUGCCGAUGAUGACGGCGCCGCGGAAGCCGGGGAACUUGGUAUUUCAGGAUUGGCCGGAGGAGCGUGGUGGGUUGACGGCGGUGUACGAUCACCUAGGGAAGAAUAAUGAGAAUAAGAAGGUGAGGCAUGUGCAUAGUAUUCCGAAGGGGAAAGGUCAGAAGCAUAGAAAGGGUAGUAGUGAUGGUGGGUUGUUUUCGUGUUUUGGGACUGCGAUGGGGUGUGAGUUUUCUAUUACUUGCGGAGGGGGUCAUGGGAACAGGAAGAAGAGGUACGAGGGUGGUAGCAAGGCUCCUCCCACUGCAGAGUCUGAACUCACCUAUGAUGAAUCCUAUAUUUGAGAUGCAUUCAUGCAUGGGCUGUGCCUUGUCCCUCGUCAAAUGAACAUCAUUAACUCAUGAUAGUUUGGAUUUAGAAUUGUAGAAUUGGAGUGCUGUUCCAUUAUGCUAGACUUUCUCCUCCGCUUCGUCAUUUUUUAAGUUCUUUUUUUGCCGACUGUUUUUUAUCUGGUGAAGAGGAGAUUAUGUAUAUUCACAUCAUUAAUGAAAACUUACACCAUAUGUGGGAUUGUAUGCUUUA